UAUAGAUAUAUUGCUUAUUGCACUCAUCUCUUUCUCCAUCCUCCAUUAGUUUUUCCUCUGUGAUAGUUAACACAACAAUGGCAGAAACAAAAGAAAACAUAAUAAUGUUUCCUUUCAUGGCACAAGGCCAUAUAAACCCUUUCCUAUCUUUAGCCCUUCGAAUUGAAAAGGCAAACAAAUACAUCAUAACUUUUGUUAACACCCCUUUAAAUAUCAAGAAACUUGGAUCGUUUCUCCCUGAGAACUCUUCCAUUCAUCUUGUUGAACUCCCUUUUAAUAGCUUAGAUUUUGAUCUCCCUCCAAAUACUGAAAACCUGGAAUCUCUUCCAGAUAGUUUGUUUUACAAUUUUUUUAAAGCUUCUUUGUCUUUGAAACCCUAUUUCGGGAAACUAGUCUCUAAUCUUAUACAUCAACAAAAUGGACAAAAACCACUGUGCAUCAUCUCAGAUAUGCUUUUAGGAUGGUGUGAAGAGAUAGCUCAAGAGGCUGGAAUAUAUCAUGCGAUGUUCAUCAGUUCUAGUGGUUUUGCCUCGGCGUGUUACUACUCCCUGUGGAUGAAUUUACCUCAUCGGAACGCGGAUUCCGAUGAAUUUAUGUUGCCGGAUUUUCCUGAAGGGUCUACGAUUCAUGUUACUCAAAUGGAAGAAGUAUUAAGAGCUGCGACUGGAACUGACUUGUCUUCAGCUUUUGUGAGAAAUGAGCUCCUUUCUCACUGGAGUGAAGCUGACGGAAUUUUGUUCAAUACAGUAGAGGAGCUUGACAAACUUGGACUAAUGUAUUUCAGGAGAAAAUUCGGACGACAAGUUUGGCCUAUUGGACCUGUUAUUUUGUCUCCAGGAAGCCAGGCUCCAAGGAAAAGAGAAUUUGGAGUCUCCCAAGAGGAGUGUAAAAAUUGGCUUGAUAAGAAACCUUCUUGUUCAGUUCUCUAUGUGUCAUUUGGGUCACAGUUUACCCUAUCUGCGUCAAAUAUGAUUCAAUUGGCAAUGGCUUUAGAGGGUUGUGGCAAGAAUUUCAUUUGGGUCGUUAGGCCACCUAUAGACAUUGAUUCAAACUCAGAGUUGAAACCCAAUGAAUGUUUUCCUGAAGGAUUUGAAGAAAGAAUCAAAGACUCAGGAUGUGGGCUUUUAGUUCAUAAAUGGGCACCACAGGUUGAUAUUUUAUCUCACAAAUCUUUAUCUGCAUUUUUUAGUCACUGUGGAUGGAACUCUGCAAUUGAAUCACUGAGCCACGGCGUGCCGAUGAUUGGGUGGCCACUGCAGGCAGAUCAGUUUUAUAAUGCGAAGUUGUUGCAGGAAGAAAUCGGAGUUUGUGUGGAGGUCGCCAGAGGGAAGAGUUGUGAGGUUCUUCACGAGGAAAUAGUGGCAAAAAUUGAGUUGGUGAUGAAUGAUACUGAGAAAGGCAAGGAAAUGAGAAAGAAAGCUAGGGAAGUUAUGGAGAUUAUUGAAAAUGCCAUUAGAGAUGAAGCGAAUUUUAAAGGGUCAUCUAUGGAAGUCAUGGAUCAAUUCUUGAAUGCUGCAUUGAAGAGAAAACAAGGGGAAGUCUCCUAAUUAAUUUUUCAGCUUUUGGUAAAAAAAAAAAUAAUAAAUUGCAUUUGCAAGAACUAAAUAACAGCCAAAAAAACUAAUAGUUUCUUUUAUUAACUCUACUAUUAAUU